AUGUCAAAUGGCCUCAAAUCCUCAGAUCCGCUCACGCAAUCCUGGCACAGCCAAGCGAAUGGCCAUAAUGCAACCAGGACUAUAUUAAGUUUCCUCCGAAUUGACGGUUCGAUUGUGGCCUUGAAGGAAAUCAAGUUGCAAUUUCAAGAAGGUCUUCCCUUCACAGCCAUCAGAGAGGCGUCCUUGCUUCGUACGUUACGUCAUGCCAAUAUUGUGUGCCUUCAUGAUAUUUAUCAUCAACAUAAUCAGCUUACAUUUGUCUUUGAAUAUAUGAAAAUGGAUCUCAGCAAAUACCUCGAGCGUCAUCCAACCGGUGUUGACUGUAUGCAAAACAAACUCCUUCUGUUCCAACUACUACGAGGACUGGAUUUUUGCCAUAAGAAGAAGAUCCUGCACAGGGACCUCAAACCUCAAAAUCUACUUCUUGACGAGAACGGUGUCUUGAAGUUGGCUGAUUUUGGUCUAGCACGGGCAAAAUCCGUCCCAAGUAGGACAUAUUCCCACGAAGUGGUCACCUUGUGGUAUCGACCGCCAGAUGUACUGCUUGGUAGCACCGAAUACUCAACGUCGUUGGAUAUGUGGGGCGUUGGGUGUAUUUUUGCGGAACUUUGCACGGGUCAAGCGAUUUUCCCUGGCACCAAAGACGUGAUGGACCAACUCGACAAAAUAUUCAGUGUUCGAGGUGUGCCAGAUGAGACAACUUGGCCCCAGGAAAUCAAGUUGCAAUUUCAAGAAGGUCUUCCCUUCACAGCCAUCAGAGAGGCGUCCUUGCUUCGUACGUUACGUCAUGCCAAUAUUGUGUGCCUUCAUGAUAUUUAUCAUCAACAUAAUCAGCUUACAUUUGUCUUUGAAUAUAUGAAAAUGGAUCUCAGCAAAUACCUCGAGCGUCAUCCAACCGGUGUUGACUGUAUGCAAAACAAACUCCUUCUGUUCCAACUACUACGAGGACUGGAUUUUUGCCAUAAGAAGAAGAUCCUGCACAGGGACCUCAAACCUCAAAAUCUACUUCUUGACGAGAACGGUGUCUUGAAGUUGGCUGAUUUUGGUCUAGCACGGGCAAAAUCCGUCCCAAGUAGGACAUAUUCCCACGAAGUGGUCACCUUGUGGUAUCGACCGCCAGAUGUACUGCUUGGUAGCACCGAAUACUCAACGUCGUUGGAUAUGUGGGGCGUUGGGUGUAUUUUUGCGGAACUUUGCACGGGUCAAGCGAUUUUCCCUGGCACCAAAGACGUGAUGGACCAACUCGACAAAAUAUUCAGUGUUCGAGGUGUGCCAGAUGAGACAACUUGGCCCCAGGUAAGGGAUCUACCUCACCUACAAGCAGGGCGUGCCUUUCCGUAUUACAAUGGAGAUAUUCCGUUCAAGCAGUUUGUGAAUAUUCUCUCACAAAACUGGAAAAAACUGAAUCCUAGUGAUCGCAUAUCAGCCAGUUGUGCAAUGCUUCAUCCAUACUUCACGGGUCUACCACGAAAUAUUCACAUUUUACCGCCUACCGUUUCCAUCUUCACACUUCCCGAACUGCAGCAAUGGAUGCGAUGA